AUGGGCAGAAACAUCAAAUUUGUGAUUGUUUUUGCAGUUUUGGUGGGGGUUUGUGCACUGGUAGAAAAAGGAGAUGCGGCAACAUAUAUUGUUGGAGACAAUUUGGGGUGGACUAUCCCUACUGGGGGUGCCAGUACCUACACCACCUGGGCUUCACAACAUGUUUUCAGAACUGGAGAUAUUCUAGUGUUCAAUUUUCCGACUGGAAUCCAUGAUGUGGCUAAGGUAACAAAAGCAGCUUAUGAUAGUUGCACCACGAACAGUCCUAUCUCCCUAAUAACAGUCGGUCCAGCCAAUGUUACACUCGACUCCCCCGGGGAGGCAUACUUCAUCUGCACAUUCGGCCAGCAUUGUACCGCCGGACAAAAGUUAGCCAUCAAUGUUUCAGCCGCUUCAACUCCCACGCCUAGUCCAACACCACCGGUCACUCCACCUGCAGCACCAGCACCAGCUCCCAGAAUCACUCCACCUGCAGCGCCAGCACCAGCUCCCGGAAUCACUCCACCUGUAGCGCCAGCACCAGCUCCCGGAAUCACUCCACCUGCAUCACCAGCACCAGCACCAACUCCCAACAUCACUCCUCCAGGCGCGCCAGCACCAACGCCUACACCGGCUGGGGAGAAUCCUCCUUCACCAUCACCAGAAUCAACACCGGCUCCACCGCCUGGUGGAGGUGCAACCCCUCCGUCACCACCAUCACCGGGAUCCUCUCCUCCACCAGCAGGAAAUGUCAGUCCACCUUCGCCACCACCUCCCAACUCCGCCCCAACAAGGGCUAUUUCCACUUCAUUUGUCAUAUUUGCAUCGAUCGCCAUGGGGAUUGCUAUUUAG